UCCGCUGCGCACGCCAAGCCCCGGGCUGGGGUAACGCCGGCGGCCGAGCUCUCCGUGAGGCACUCUUUGUUCCAGCGCUGUGUUCUCGGCUCCGUACGGCUGCGAACGCUGAGCCUGCCGGCCUGCGUCGGCAUCCUCAUCCCCAGUUUACAGACUUGCAGUCUUCCAGUGUCGGACCUCGACGUUUUAUGCUCCAAAUCAGUGACUAUAUAAUGGCUACAAGACCCACAGAGGUCACACAGUCACCUGAAACUGGCGACACAGUCGAAGAGUGCACAGGAAAGAAAAAAUCCAAAUUUCAGACUUUCAAGAACUUCUUUGCCAAGAAGAAAAGGAAAGAACCUCCACCUCCCAGGGGAGAGAGUAAUUUAAAACCUUGCCAGUCCAGCAGCGAUGUCAGCGUUGCUGUGCUCCACACUACUGCACUUCAUUCACCCAGGGAGGCUGGGCCCAAGGGUAGCAUGGGAAACAAAGCCUUGUCCCAUGACAGCGUCUUCAUUUUUGAGUCUGCACCAGGAAAUGUGACAGGUGACAUCUUGUCUCAGGAAAACAUACCUGGAAGAGUGAAAACUUUGCAGCUUCAGCUGCAGCAGAACAUCAGGCUUGGAUCACAUCCUCUUGUUAUAACUGGGAAAAAGCUGGAAGAUGCAGGUGCUGUUUCUGAAGAUGAUGGUUUACCUAGAAGUCCUCCUGAAAUUUCAACCCUUCAUGAAGUUCUGACAGAUUCACCAAACAAGUCCUCCAACCCUGUUCAGCGUCAUAGCUCUUUGAGUUUAGGCGGGACAGACAGUGAAGAUGAACAGAUACCUUCUGGAGCUUCCUCCAGGCCCAUCAGUCCUUCAUCCUCCACCACUCAGGGGACCCCCAUCUCACGAGGCAGCAGCUUUCUUCCUGUUGAUUUUACCAUCCCUGCCAGUCCCCUUGGCUGCCUGGACACCUCAGCAGCCAGGCACAGGAUUGCCAUCAACCCUCGGAAACAGAAAGGUUUCACCAACAAGCAUCAGCUACCUCUCCAGCUGGAAAAUGAAGCAUGUCUUCCUGCAACUCCAGAAAGGAAGGGAAAUUCAGCAGAAUUACUUGAGAGUGACAAACAUGAAAGCGAUUGGGAAGGAUUAUCAGCCCAGGUGGGACACUGUGCAAAGAGAGGUGGUUUUAAGCAGAUGCCAGGUGUAAGAACUCUCACUGAUGCUGUCCCUGACUCUCGUGAUGCCACACCUGGGGUAGAAGACCCCUGUGCUUUGCUGCAAGAGGAUGGGUGCCUUCCUAGUGUGGACUAUCGCUAUAAAGGAGCCAGACCCCUUCUUAGGCCUGAGGCUUCUCCAGUAAACCUGGAAGAACCCCACAGUGCAAAAGUGUUGUGUUCUGCAAAUGAGUCUGCUAAUGAAUCAAAAGUACAGCUGCAAAGUACCAGUCCUGAGGUACCUGCACUUCCAGAACUGCAACAACUUGAAGGAGGAGCUGUUGUGUCCCCAGACACACCAGCAGCUGACUUGUUUAGCAGUGGUGUGGAAACAGUGGGCAUGGACAUACUGCCAGAUGUUUCACAAAGUUCCUCAGUGAAUUCUGUGGAUCCAAACAGUAAAGCCCAGGAAGAGGGGGAUCCACUGUUUACUGGCAAAGAAGAACUCUGCUUUGGUACUACUGGGAAUCAUUCCAACCAUGCUGUCUCAGAUACUGCACUGGGCACUCCACAAGUUGCAGUAGCUGAUUCAGAGUCUUGCUCUGACUUCAAGACAGUGGCUGUUUCGAGGUCUGAAAAGAGUUCAGUAGCAAAAAAUGACAAAGAAACAUGUGAAAUUAUGAAAUUUCGGUUAUCCAAGGACAGUGUAGGAAAAAAAAUAGACACUGCUGCACCUGUCUCAGAAGCAGUUUGUGUGGUACCUUGCAGUAAAUUGGAAGUAUGUUUUAAAGAAGAUAUUGUUCCUGUUUCAAAGGGUAACCAAGGCAAUCAACAGGCCAAUGCAUCAUACAUUUCUGAAAAGCUUUCUGUUGGCUGUCUUGCCUCCUCAAGUUUAGCUGGAGUGAAGAGUAAUAUAUAUUCUGGUGCUGACAGUAAGGAGUACCAGAUAAGCAGUACAGUUUCUGACAGAAAAACAGGAGAAGCCAAUCAAUCAUCAGAUGAAAAUGUAAAAAGUCCCCUGAAGACUGCUUCUGCUAAACCAGUCAGAUUUACCAUUGCACCAGCAUGGCAAAGGUCUCUCUCAGGAGGUUCAAAUUCAAAGGAAGAUUCCUAUUCCAGAAGUUCUCCAACAUCCCCUAUAAGACCCGAGUUCUUUGAAGGAAUGACAAAAGAACAUACAUGUUUUGAUGCAGUUACUCAGGAAUCAGCAAAAACCAACACAGACAGAUUUGAUCGAGAUUGUAAGGACAGAGAUCUGCAUUUGAAUUCUUUUAUGGAAUGGGCUGACCAUAAAACACAGAACUUUGAGAAUCCAUUUGGGGUCAGACUAAGAAGAACAUCAUCUUUACUAAAAUACCAGAAUGAAGGCCGUGUAGAGCCUCCAAAGCUGAUCCCCUCAGCCGUUCCAAUUGCUUCUUCUGCUUCAGUCAGAGAGGAUCAGAAAUUGAUGGGCACUGGGAAGCCACCUCCAAGCCUUCCUGGCAACACAAAAUCUGUUGUUAAAAAAACAGAUCUCCUAGAAGACAAAAAUCCUGCCAAGGCAAGAUCAGAAGAAGUGGCAAAGAAGCAAAAUGGUUAUAAACCUUCAGAAAAAGUCUCUACAUAUUUGGAAACUGCUUCCUCUGAACCAGCUUGGGUCUCCAUGGCAAAGCUAAAACAGAAGGGUUUCCAGGACCAUCCUCUUGCCAAAGAACAUAAAGAUGAAGACAAAGCUUUGACCAAAGUGGAUCAAGGGGAGCAAGAGAUCUGUGCUAGUGAGAACACACCGAAGAAGAAUAUGCAUUCCAGCUCUCAGGACAAGAAAACACAAAUGAAGACCAGUGUGUCUGCAGCAGGUAAAGUUGGACCAAUUUCUCAGGAAGCAUCUGUGGUUCCUGCUGUUGAAAAGGAAGCAAGGCACUCCUCUAAACUGCCAGUGACACCCUGCAGUCCUGCUGAACCACCCUGGCUGUCCCUGGCCAAGAAGAAAGCCAAAGCAUGGAGUGAAAUGCCCCAGAUCGUACAAUAGCAAAUGACAUGAGCAUCCUUCUUUGCAUUGCCAAUAGCUGUGUUAACUCCAUUUAAUCCCUUCUUUACUGUGACCAUUUCUGUUCUUUUGAGAAAUAAGAGCCUUAAAACUUUUGAUCAGACUGUUGUAUGUAAAAGACAUAAUGAAGAAAUGCCAUUGUGGGCUUAAUCUGAUGUAUUAAGAAGCUGAGCAUUUCCUACUACCAAACACUAGGAAAAUUUGAUUAAUUUCUAUAUGCUUACACAUCUGAUGAUGAUGUUCUAAGAAGACAGGCUUUUGAAGCAUUUCUCUAGCAAAAUACGUUUUAAAAAUUUCUUUUAAAGAAACUUGUUCUUUUAAAAAGACCAUACAGUAUUUUUGUACAGUUUGGCUUUGAGCUAAGAAAUAACUUAUGCUUUAAAAUAGAUACAAUGCUGGGCAGCAAUGCACCAUGAGUCAUGGACAUUGAUGUCAUCACACUUCUUAGUGCUCUGUGAUGGGCAGCCUGACUCUGCUUCAGAUUGUUAAUGGAUCUGUUUUGUGAUUGCUGUAAGAUCUAAACUCAUUGUGAGUGGAGUGAUUCUGGCUUUUGUGUGAUUUGAAGCCUCGGUGCUGCUCAUCUUGUGCUUUGCUCACAGAUACCCACUGGAAUGGCCCAGAGCUGCACACACAUUCUCUCCCAUGCACUGGAAAACCACCACACUGUAGCAUAUUGUCUGCUUUCUGUUACACCUUUAGAAAUCUGUGUAAACUAAACAUUCUACUAAAAAAUCCUUCCUUUCUUUAAUUAUGGCAAAUAGUGAUUUUUUUGGUGAGAUUCCUCAGCCAAUUGUCUCUCUUAAAGAGUGUGUUGGGGGGAGAACUUGCUCCUUAGAAAGGGGCAUCUUGUUUUCAAGAAAUGUCACUCUCCAUGUUCAUAAGGAUGUAUAUUUAGUCAAUUGUAUCUAAUGCUAAUCAUAAAAGGGGCAUCUGCUUUCUUUCUUGUCUCAUCAGUCUUUAACCAUUAACUCAACAUCCGUCUGACAAUGUGCAGCUGGAGCAAAAUUAUUCUCUCAGGGCCUGGCCUUGCAGUCACUUAAACUCACAAAAGUUUUGCUAUUGAACUUGAAGGAUGCAGUAAUUUGAAAAAUAAGCUUUGUGAAAUGAUGUUGGUGGCUUAAAAGACAGUGGCACUUACUGGUCCUUCCAGUUCUUGCAGCAUUGCACGUUUAUAUAGUUUUUGUUUACAGUCAGUGCAAAAUUUGAAGGCUGGUGGACUGUUUUUAGCUGGAAAGUUGGCUGGAAUUUUUAAAGGAAAAUAUUAUCUAUUGAUAGAAUUAAAUGCAAAGAAAAAAAAAAUAAUUGUUUCAGGUCAGCUCAAGCAAGACUUUAAUCUUCCAGUCUUGGCCUGAGUUUAAUAUGUAGCUUUUGCAAUUUGAAAACAGUAUUAACUAGGAGCUAGACUGUGAUUAUUAACUUUUUUUAUAUAGGUGAAAACUUACUUGCCCAGGAAGGCUCAGAAUCUAUAGAUACUAUUUAUUCUGGACUAACACCAGAAAGAGUAGGAGCUUCACAUUGGCGUGGUAAUUGAUGCCUAUUUUGUAACUUGUUUUUUCUCUGCUUUAGGAAGCAUAUCUUUCCGUACAGAGAACUGAAAAAUUUGUAAUUCUCUGAAACUUUUGAGUGUAAUGUAAAAGAAUAUACUCAACUUUGAUUCCUGAAGUUUUGUACAGUUGUCAUCCCACCACAAACUUACUGACCCUGUGUAAAAUACAGGCCUUUCUAUAUUUAGCAAACUCUCUUCUCAUUCUGUUAAUGUGGAUUGUGACUUUUCACCCAAAAUACUGCAAUGGAUACUAUAAUCUCUCUUUCCCUGUGUUUCCUUUUGAUCUUAAUAUUGUUCCUGUCUUUUAUGUUCGGUAUGUAUAUAUGUUUUUGUAAUCCUUAUCUUGAAGGAACCCUUUUUGUAUUCCAUUCCCAUAUUUGGUUUACUAUUAAAUGUUGCCAGUGAUGAUGAUAUCAUUUCUGGGAAAAGAA